AUGAAAAAAAGAGUGUGCAGGAGGUUCACCACUCUCAAUCCCAUUCCAGCCACCUUCCUCCGUGGAGGAACGUCAAAAGGCGUAUUUCUGAACAAGGCUCAUCUUCCAGAAGACCAAGCCCAAUGGGCCCCCAUCUUCCUUGGGAUGAUGGGCUCCCCAGACACAGCCAAUGGUCUCCAGAUCAAUGGCAUGGGUGGCGGCAUUUCAAGCCUGUCCAAAAUAUGUGUCGUUGGCCCAGCCUCUGCGGAACAAAAGGCACAAGACAUCGAUGCCGAGUACACUUUUGUCCAAGUGGGCAUUCGUGAUACCACCAUCGACCUCUCUGGAAAUUGUGGAAACCUUUCCAGUAUGGUUGGUGUGUUCGCAAUGGACGAAGGAUUUUGCACACGGAACCCUUCCGCUCCAUCCCGAACCACUACUAUCCGACUUCUUAACACGAAUACGAACAAAACAAUCGAUACCACGUUUCCUGUCAUCGUCGCUGGCGGUAGCGUACAGCCAAAACUCGACCUACCUCAGACCACGAUGGCAGGGGUCCCGGGAAGGGCCUCACAAAUAACCCUCGAAUUUAUCUCUCCAGCAGGUGCGUGUACUGGCAAAUUACUUCCGACAGGCAAACCGGUCGACUCUGUAAACGCACACGACCAACAAAUCCCAGUUUCCCUCGUCGAUGCAACCAAUCCCACCGUCUUUGUAACAUAUGCAGACUUGUCUCGCGUUCUUCGCUCUGUGUCCCCCCUCGUCGAUUUUUCAGCCCCCGAUUCACGGGAAUUGAUGGAGUCUAUCCGAAGGGCAGGUGCAGUCAAGAUGGGGCUUGAUCCUAACACGCAAGCCCAGCCCAAAAUCGCAGUGCUUUCGCCAUCAUGUGGCUCAGAUCAUGACAUUGGUGUUCAUGCCUUCUCAAUGGGCGUCUUGCAUAAAGCUGUACCAAUGACAGUCGGUCUGUGUCUUGGUGUUGCCGCUAAAGUUGAGGGUACGCUUGCCUGGGAUUUGACCGAGCCGAUGCGUCUGGGGAAGGCGAGGGAAGGCGAGUUGGUCAGAAUCAAACACCCGAGCGGCGUCGUGGAAGUGGGAGCAGAUUUUGGAGCAAAUGGUGAGGUCGUGAAGGCGAAAGUAGUAAGAACGGGAAGGAGAAUUAUGAAAGGGGUUGUCUGGUGGUAA